AUGGAGGGUGCAAAUCUGUCAGCAGUGAUGGAAUUUGUCUUCACUGGCUUCCCCCAGCUCCAGGAUGGUGGCCUCCUGUACUUCUUCCCCUUACUCUUCAUCUACGCCUUUGUUGUCGUUGGGAAUCUAUUGAUCUUCUUUGCGGUCAGGAUGGAUGCCCGCCUCCACAACCCUAUGUACAACUUCAUCAGCACCUUCUCCUUCCUGGAGGUCUGGUACACCACAGCCACCAUCCCCAAGAUGCUCUCCAACCUGAUCAGUGAGAAGAAGACCAUCUCCAUGACCGGCUGCCUCCUGCAGAUGUACUUCUUCCAUUCCCUUGGGAACACUGAAGGAGCCCUGCUGACUGUCAUGGCCAUUGACAGGUACGUGGCCAUCUGCAACCCACUCCGCUACCUGACCAUCAUGACCCCUCGGCUGUGUGCUCAGCUCUCUGCAGGCUCUUGUAUCUUUGGUCUCCUCAUCCUUCUACCUGAGAUUGUGUGGAUUUCUACUCUGCCCUUCUGUGGCCCCAACCAAAUCCAUCAGAUCUUCUGUGACUUCACACCGUUAUUACGUUUAGCCUGUACUGAUGCCUCUGUGAUCCUGGUGCAAGAUGUGAUUCAUGCUCUGGCCAUUCUGAUAACAGGUCUGAUCAUUUCCCUUUCCUACAUCAGAAUUGUCACCGUGAUCCUGGGCAUCCCUUCUGCAGAGGGCCGUAAAAAGGCCUUCUCCACCUGUGCCGCCCACAUUGCUGUCUUCCUGCUAUUUUUCGGCAGCGUGGCCCUCAUGUAUCUUAGAUUCUCUGCCACGUAUACACCAUUCUGGGAUGCUGCCAUUGCUCUGACCUUCUCUGUCCUCUCCCCCUUUUUCAAUCCCAUUAUAUACAGCCUGAGAAAUAAGGAUAUGAAAGAUGCUAUUAAGAAACUCCUUUGCCCUCAAAAGGUGUUUAAUGUACCUGGUAGGUGA